AUGGCAGAAGUUGCAAAUCGGCCAUUGUUUCCUAUGCCUUUUCCAGUCAUCUUCUUGGUUUUGUCAAUCAUUUCUGGGUUUGGAAUAACUCCCUCUCAGGCAGCUUCCCAAAUCAGAAACCAUACAUGGGAAAUUGACUACAUGUUUUGGUCCCCAGACUGUGUCGAAAACAUCAUCAUGGGAAUCAACGGCCAAUUUCCCGGUCCAACGAUUAGAGCCAACGUUAGCGACACUAUCAUUGUACAUGUGAAUAACAAGCUCUCCACCGAAGGCGUCGUUAUUCACUGGCAUGGAAUCCUGCAGCGGGGAACUCCCUGGGCCGAUGGCACUGCUUCCAUCUCACAAUGUGCCAUUAACCCAGGUGAAAACUUCACUUACCAGUUCGUAGUGGAUAAGGCUGGGACAUAUUUCUAUCAUGGUCAUUUAGGGAUGCAAAGAUCAGCAGGGUUGUAUGGAUCCUUGAUAGUGGAUUUAGAAGAAGGAAAGAAAGAGCCCUUCGACUAUGACGAAGAGAUCAACUUAUUGCUUAGUGAUUGGUGGCAUAAAAGUGUUCACAAACAAGAAGUUGGUCUGAACUCUAAUCCAUUCCGUUGGAUUGGAGAGCCCGAGAGCAUACUGAUAAAUGGGAGAGGGCAAUUCAAUUGUUCAAUUGCAGCUAAAUACAACAACAAUUUGGAGCAAUGUGAGUUGAAAGAAAAUGAAGAAUGUGCACCAUUUAUUCUCCAAGUCAAACCCAAGAAGACUUAUAGGAUAAGAAUUGCAAGUACCACUUCAUUGUCUGCCCUCAACUUAGCCAUUGGGAAUCAUUCUUUGUUAGUGGUAGAAGCCGACGGUAACUACGUUGCGCCAUUUGUAACCUACGAUAUCGACAUUUAUUCCGGCGAGUCCUACUCCGUCCUCAUCACCACCAACCAAGACCCAGCACAGAACUACUGGGUUUCCGUCGGCGUCCGUGGGCGGCUUCCCGAAACGGCGCCUGCACUGACGCUCCUCAACUACCUCCCCAACUCCGUCGACAAAUUACCCAUUUCUCCGCCGCCGGAAACCCCCAAAUGGGACGAUUUCGCCCGAAGCAAACGCUUCACAGGCAGAAUCUUAGCCACCGAAGACAUCCCAAAGCCACCGGUAAACUUCAACCGCCGCAUCUUCCUCCUCAACACGCAAAAUCUAAUGAAGGGUGGCUCUAUAAAAUGGGCAAUCAACAACGUAUCUUUAGUCCUCCCCUCAACGCCGUACCUUGGCGCCAUUAAAAUCGGUCUAAAAACCACCUUCGACCAGAAUCCCCCACCGGAAACAUUCCCGGAGGACUACGACAUCAACAAGCCACCGCCGAACCCAAACACGACGACCGGAAACGGCGUUUAUAAGUUCGAAUUGGGGGAAGUAGUGGAUGUGAUUCUACAAAAUGCCAAUAUGUUAAAAGAGAACACAAGCGACAUUCACCCUUGGCAUUUGCACGGGCAUGAUUUUUGGGUUUUGGGGUAUGGAGAGGGGAAAUUUUCCGCCGACGUGGAUGAGAAUAAUUUGAAUCUGGAAAAUCCGCCGCUGAAGAACACGGUGGUGAUAUUCCCACGUGGGUGGACGGCGAUUCGAUUCGUAGCGGAUAAUCCAGGCGUUUGGGCGUUCCAUUGCCACAUUGAACCUCAUUUGCAUAUGGGAAUGGGGGUUAUUUUCGCUGAAGAAGUUCAUAGGGUCGGGACAAUUCCGACGCAUGCUCUGGCUUGCGGCGGCAUUGCGAGAACGCUAAUCUAUAGACCUGCAACAAAACCCUAGAAUUGAAAUCCCUAAAAUACCCUUGAAAACUCAUUGAAAUGUGGUUGUUUAGGGUUUGUGGAAGCAAGUUAAUCUUUUCUAGUGUUAUGUUUGUGUGCACAAAUUUUUUUUUUAGAAAAAUAACAUUUGGGUGGUGGUAGACUAGUUUGAAGCUUGUUCAAAAUUUAGGUCACGUACUUUUAAGAAAUCUUAAAUUUUGUUUCUACUAUUUUCUUGUCGUUGACGUUUUUGUAAACUUUUUAUUAUU